AUGCCGGCAGACUACAAUGGACAGUGGGAGAUGGUGAGCAAUGAAAACUUUGAGGAGGUCAUGAUAGCCCUCGACAUCGACUUUGUCACCAGAAAGAUUGCUUCCCAUCUGCACCAGACCAAAAUAUUUGUUCAGAAUGGAGACAAGUUUGAAACAAAGACGUUGAGCACCUUCAGAAACUAUGACGUCAACUUCACUGUAGGGGUGGAGUUUGAGGAGCAGACAAAGGGUCUUGACAACCGAAAAGUGAUGACGCUGGUCACCUGGGACGGGGACAAACUGGUUUGUGUUCAGAAGGGAGCGAAGGAAAAUCGUGGUUGGAAACACUGGAUCGAGGGAGAUCUGCUACAUCUGGACUUUCAUGUGCUGGACAAAGUCUGCCACCAAGUAUUUAAGAAGGUCCAGUAA